UGCUCAAAGCAAACAGAGGUUUCUCUCUUCUUCUCUUUCUUCAAUUCUUGUUUUCUGAUCUUCGUCUUCGCACAACACAAUGGGCAAAGGUCCUGGUCUUUACACUGAUAUCGGCAAAAAAACCCGAGAUCUUCUCUACAAGGACUACCAGAGCGACCAGAAGUUCAGUGUCACUACUUACUCUUCUACUGGUGUUGCUAUCACUUCGUCAGGGACAAAGAAAGGCGAGGGGUUUGUUGCUGAGGUUAAUACUCAGUUGAAGAAGAACAAUAUCACAACUGAUGUCAAAGUGGACACAAACUCCAAUCUUUUUACAACUAUUACGGUUGAUGAACCUGCACCUGGAGUGAAGACGAUCUUCAGCUUCAAAGCUCCUGAUCAAAGAUCUGGCAAGGCAGAACUUCAGUAUCUGCAUGACUAUGCUGGGAUAAGCACAAGCAUUGGGUUGACAGCGAACCCCAUUGUCAACUUCUCAGGUGUGCUGGGGACUAAUGUUGUCUCACUUGGUACUGAUGUCUCCUUCGACACCAAAACAGGGAAUUUCACUAAAUGCAAUGCAGGAUUAAGCUUCUCCAAGGCCGACCUUAUUGCUUCAAUGACCUUGAACAACAAGGGUGAAACUCUAAAUGCGUCUUACUACCAUACGUUGAGCCCUUUGACCAACUCAGCUGUCGGUGCAGAAUUGAGUCACAGGUUCUCAACCAAUGAGAACACCAUCACUCUUGGUGCCCAGCAUUCAUUGGAUGCAUUGACCACGGUGAAAGCACGCGCCAACGACAUUGGCAAGGUGAAUGCCCUCAUCCAGCACGAGUGGCGCCCAAAGUCACUUAUCACAGUUUCUGGGGAAUUUGACACCAAGGCUUUGGAGAAGAGUGCCAAGUUUGGGCUGGCAUUGGCUCUCAAGCCAUAAGUGGGCUAUUCAGCUCACUGGGUGGCGGGGAGCAAUAAUUUUUGGACAAGUGUGAAUUCAAGUAGCUUGUUUAAGACUUUCUUCCAUUCUUAUAGCGUCGGUUUCUUCUUUUCGGUGGUUUUUUUGAAAUUUGAAAAUAAUUCUAGAUGGUGCUCUUUUGACUCUUUUAUGAACUGAGUGUUAAUAUUUGGUUCUUACAUUUUCCAUUAAUCCCUUGUUGAACUGAGGAUUAAUACCUGAUAUUUGAAUAGAUAUAUUUUGACAUAGAAA